AUAAAUGCCAAAACCUUGUUUCCUUGUUCUUUUUUUUCUUCAGAUCGUGAGUAGGAGUGAGUUUUACUUUGUACUAGUAAGAAGAUGCCGGCUGGCCAUGGACUUAGAUCCCGUACCAGAGAUCUCUUCGCGAGGCCUUUCAGGAAGAAGGGUUACAUUGCUUUAACUACAUAUUUGAGGACCUUCAAGAUCGGCGACUAUGUUGACGUCAAAGUGAACGGCGCCGUCCACAAAGGAAUGCCGCAUAAAUUCUACCAUGGCCGUACCGGUCGUGUAUGGAACGUUACCAAGCGCGCCAUCGGUGUUGAGAUCAACAAGCAGGUGGGCAACAGAAUCAUAAGGAAGAGAAUCCAUGUCCGAGUUGAGCACGUGCAGCCCUCACGGUGCGCCGAGGAGUUCCGUUUGAGGAAGGUGAAGAAUGAUCAACUGAAGGCUGAAGCCAAGGCCAAAGGUGAAGUCAUUUGUACCAAGAGGCAACCAGAAGGCCCCAAACCAGGGUUCAUGGUUGAAGGUGCUUUAAUGGAGACUGUGACUCCCAUUCCAUACGAUGUCGUCAAUGAUCUCAAGGGUGGUUAUUAGAACUUCUUUCUUUCAACCUUGUCUUGUUUGGCUGUGUUUUUGAGGUAUGUAUUCGAACUUCUUGGAUAGUGAUUGUAAUACAGCUGAUCUUUUUUUAGACGAAUUGGGCAAUUUGUGUAGUUUUGGUCCUUUCUUACUCAUAAAAAGAUCUACUAAAUUCAUUGAGUGA